AUGUCCCUGAAGCCUAAAUUAGAUGUUUAUCCCGUCGAAAAUUACAUUCAGUCCUCGACCAAUCCGGACAAAAGGGCCGGUGCUGUGGUGAACCCUAACCUCGGGGCCCGCGGCACGACAGGGCAAGGGAAUCGUCCGCCGCGGCGCAAGACACCCUUAGAAAAGCUAAUGAGCCUCAAGGCACGCUGCCAGGAAGAGCCCUGCGUGGCGUCGGUGGAGGGGGUCCUCCUCGCCCACCUCCAUCGCCACCCCCACAUCAUCCUUCUCAAGCAGACUAUCACGCGGAAUCGGGAUGCCGGGGGGGGGCGCGUCCUCAGCACGGCCACGGCCCCGCAGGGGGGGGGAAAGGCCGACGGGGGAGGGGGCGGCGGGACCGUGCACUUUCGCCUUCCCGGUGGGCGCUGCCGCCGCGGCGAGGGCGACGAGGCCUGUCUGCUGCGCAAACUCGGCCGUCUGCUGCUGAACGAGGCGAAGACUCUCUCCGGGGAAGUGGGGAUCGCCCCCCCGUCCGAAACCGUCGUUGAGGUCACCGGCUCCGCGCAGUCCUCGAAGGCAGCGGGCCUUUUUCGCAUCGGCGAGGUCCUCGCGAAGUGGUACCGGCCGCACUUUAGCCCACUCAUGUACCCCUACAUCCCCUCGCAUAUCGCCACCAGCGAUGUGAAGGAAGUGCGGACAAUUUUUUUAGUUCACCUGAAGUCAAUGAGCGAUUUUUACGUCGCGCCGGAUAUCGAGUUGGUUGCGGUGCCGCUCUUCGAUUUGUACGAAAAUACAGCAAAAUACGGCCCCGUUAUCGCGUCCUUACCCGCGAUACUUUCCAGGAUCUUGAUUAAUUACUGUAGCUCGGAGUUUUAA